AUGGGAAAGUCUAAAGGAGAUAGUUAUAACUCAAAAUCAUUCCUUGAAAAGUUUAUGGAUGUGCUGUUAUGCAGAGGUGAUCUAUCAGAGGAAAAUUUGGAAAAAGAGCCAGUGUCUGUCACAGAGCUAUUCAGAUAUGCAUCAAAAAAUGACCUUCGCCGAAUGGCAGCUGGAUUUGCAUUGGCUGUGCUUGUUGGUAUAAUUUUCCCUGUGACUUGCAUCUUUGGAGGAUUAUAUGCGAAUAUAUAUUUAAGGGACACGAAUCACUUUGAAAAUGAGAGUCUAUGGAGACAGGCUAUGUAUUUAUGCGCUGGAUAUUUAGCUACUGGUUGUUUGUUGUUCGUAUUAUGUUAUAUGCAGCACUAUUUCCUCUCUCUCGCAAGUCGAAGUAUCGUAGAGCGAAUACGGAGAGAAUUCAUUAGUGCUGUUCUCAGACAAAGUGCUACAUGGCAAGACAAGAACAGUGCUGGUUCAAUUACCACACAAUUAAAUGAGAAUAUUGCUCAGAUUGAAGACGGCAUUGGUGAUAAGAUGGGAAUGCUUGCGAGAGGAGUGUCCAUGUUUCUGGCAAGUGCUGCUUACGCUUUCGCUUUCAGUUGGAGGAUCACACUAAUAUGCGUUGGAGUUGGCCCUGUUAGCGCCAUCACAAUGGCCGUCAUGUCAAAGCUGUCCGCUUCCUCAAUGCAAGGAAUGAUGUCUGCUUCUGGUUCAGCAGGGGCGAUUGCGGAAGAGGCGGUUAUGAACGUUAAAACAGUAGCAGCAUGUAAUGGACAGGAGCAUAUGGUGAAAAAAUACUCGGAAAAUCUUAAGAAAGGAAUCCGUUUUGCUAUAAAGUACAGCUUUAUUAACGGAUUUUUCGAAGGUUUCAUGUUCUUCCAACUCUACGUCUUCUUUGCGGCGGCAUUUUUAUAUGGUAUUCCAAGCUAUUACUAUGGAAUUACUCCAGAACCUGGCACAAUUUUCAUUACAGCAUCAGCUAUAUUACUAGGUUCUUAUUUCUUCGGACUGCUUGGCCCUCAUAUGAUGGCUAUUAUGAAGGCUAGGAUUGCGGCUGCCAUUAUCUACGAGACUAUUGAUCUGGCACAACAAAAUGGUGAAGCGGAUGGAGAACGACUGACAUCAUGUGAGGGACGGCUCGAGUUCAAAGACGUUUAUUUCAAGUAUCCCUCAAGGGAAACCCCAAUUCUUCAAGGUCUCAGCUGGUAUGCGGAGCCUGGCGAAACCAUUGCUUUCGUCGGAAAAAGUGGUUGUGGAAAGAGCACAAGCAUUGGUCUUAUUACACGUCUGUACGACUGCUGUGAAGGAAAAAUGACAAUAGAUGGACGCGAUAUUCGAUCCAUUAAACAAACUGAUCUGAGAAAGAUGAUCGGUAUCGUACAGCAAGAGCCUUGUCUUUUUAAUGGCACUAUUCGUGAAAAUAUUGUGCUUGGUAGAGGAAUCAGCGAUGAACAGGCAGAAGAGGCUGCACGUAUAGCUAAUGCUCAUGAUUUCAUCAUGAAACUAGAAAAGGGCUAUGAUACUGUAAUUGGAGAUGGCGGCAUCGCAUUGUCGGGAGGGCAGAAGCAGCGACUGGCUAUUGCGAGAGCUGUAGCAACCAAGCCAAAGAUUCUUCUGCUCGACGAAGCUACCAGCGCUUUAGACUCAGAGAGCGAGAAAAUAGUCCAGCUGGCCCUGAAUCGUGCAUCUCUCGGCAGGACAACUAUAGUGAUUGCACACCGUCUUAGUACAUUGAAGGAUGUUCAGAGAAUUUAUGCGAUUGAGGAUGGUAAAGUUGUUGAGACAGGUACCCAUUUCGAGCUUCUGGAAAAGAAAGGCCUUUAUAGUAAAUUAGCGAAGGCGCAAGAGGUUGGAGCUGAUCUAGGUAAAAAGAAAAGGAAAACUUCGGAAAGCAUUGACCCUCAUAUACACAAUUCCAUGCCUCUUCUGCGACAGGAUCUUAGAGGAAGCGGUGUUACCCGAAGAUCAGUUUCUUCAAUUGUUUCACAACCAGUUCAUUUCCUCAAAACGGAACAAGAUGUGAAGCAGCCCACCCGAGGAGGAGGAAUUUUUCGUGUGUAUCUAUCAAGUUUGCGUUCUAGCCCUGCAUUCUGGGCAUGUUUUAUUGGAAGUAUUUUGAGAGGUCUGGAAUUACCGUUCUGUGCCUAUUUUAAUGGAUUCACUUAUCGCGCACUCAACCAAACAAUUGAUACAUUCGUUCCUUUCAUGUGGUUGGCUAUCGGUUUAUUUCUGUUUUUGGCUAUCUAUUCUUGGGUGUUUCUUACGAUUUCCAUAGGUUUCGGUGGUUGGUCCAGCGAAAGUUUCAGCACAAACAUGAAGGUGGGAGUUUUGAGGAGUCUGCUGAGCCAAAAUGCAGAGUUUUUCGACCGACCUCAAUACAGCAAUGCUGCUUGUGUUACAGAGCUAGCUUCCAAACCUGCUGAUGUCCAAGCGUGUCUUGACUAUCGCUUCAUGCUAAUGGUGAACAACUUAUGUGCAGUCGGUAUUUGUAUAGCUGUGUCGGUAGUGGUUUGCUGGCCAAGUGGAGUGGCUAUGACAAUUUUAAUAACUCUAUUUACGUCGAGUAUGUGGUUCACCAGCAAGAGAACUUCUUCUAACAUGGAAAAGAAGUCAGAACUGGACAAGACGCCCGAACUUUCUAUAGAAAUCUUCGAACAAACAAGAACCAUCCAAUUACUAGCAGUUGAGUCUUAUUUCAUGAAAAAAUUUGAAAUGUUUCAAGAAGCAGUCAAGGAAGCAGAGCAUAAGAUUGCAGUUUAUCAGGGCGUACAGUUUGCACUUACUCAGUCUUAUAUAUACUUUUCUGAUAUGGUUACAUAUGCGACUGGAGCUACGCUGAUCUUUCACGGAUAUGUCAAAGCUGUGGAUACAGUUGUGUCGGCAACAAGCGCAAAUUUUGCAGGAUGGGCUGUUAUUUUUGCCUCAUCAACAUUUGGAGACUUUGUUCGAUCUCAUUUUGCUGCUCAAGUAUUAUACGGUCUUAUAGACAUUUGUAAAAAUGUCAAGGGAGGAAACACACCCAAAAUUGAAGGAUCAGUGAAAGUAGAGAAAAUUAACUUCAGUUAUCCAUCGCGACCGGAUAUUAAGGUCGCCCGUAAUCUCAACCUGGUCGCUCGAAGUGGUCAAGCGAUAGCUCUUGUGGGUGCUUCAGGCUGCGGAAAGAGUACCGUAAUUCAGCUUCUGGAAAGAUUCUAUGAACCUGAUACUGGUAAUAUUAAAAUUGACAACAACGAAUUAGACAAAAUGUGUAGAGUCCAUCUUCGAAAGAAUAUUGCUUUAGUAGGUCAAGAGCCGGUUCUCUUCAAAGGAUCGAUUUACGAAAAUAUCACGCUUGGAGUGGACAACAUUAGUUUGGAUGAUGUUCGGGAAGUGUGCAAGCAGGCCAAUGCCUCCAACUUUAUUGAAGCGUUUCCGGAAGGUUACGAAACUGAUGUAGGAGAAAAGGGCGGAAAUCUCUCAGGAGGCCAGAAACAACGAAUUGCAAUAGCUAGGGCGUUAAUUCGCAAUCCCAGGAUCAUAUUACUCGAUGAAGCUACGAGUGCCCUUGAUACUGAAAGUGAAAAGGUGGUUCAAGCAGCAUUAAACGAAGCAAGUCAUGGUAGGACUUCGAUAACAAUAGCCCAUCGGUUGAGCACAGUCAGGGACGCAGACAGAAUAUACUACAUUGAAAAUGGCUCAGUUGUGGAGUAUGGUACUCAUGAAGAACUAAUUGAAGCUGAAGGGAAAUAUGCUUCAUUGGUGAAGGCACAACAACUAGCCAGAGCCGAGGAAUGA